AAACAAAACAACACAAAAAAUAAAAAGUAUGGAUAGUCACAAAUGGAGCCUAGGUUUCAUAUCUCUUGCUUUUCUCUUCAUCACUUCCUCUUCAGCAGAGUUCCUCAUUAAACAGGUCACAGAGGGCAGAGGAAUAGACUACAACAAUUCUUAUAGUCUCACGGCGAAUCUUGGAGUGACGACAAGAGUGUUGAGAGCAGAGCGACCAUCAAGUAAGAUAGUGACAAUCACAAGCUUCUCUGUGAUUAAGGACAGAGGAGAACCAUAUGAAUCCUCUAUUUUUGAGGCUGCUGGUUACAAAUGGAGAUUAGUUUUGUACGUGAAGGGUAAUCAGAAAGGUGGUAUAAAUAAUCAUAUUUCACUUUACGCGAGGAUCGAAGAGACAGAAUCUCUUCCAAGAGGGUGGGAAGUGAAUGUUGAUCUCAAACUCUUUGUCCACAAUCGGAAGCUAAACAAAUAUUUGGCUGUUACAGAUGGAAUAGUGAAGCGAUACAACGAUGCGAAAAAAGAGUUUGGAUUCACACAAUUGAUUUCUCUUCCAACAUUCUACAACGCGAACGAAGGGUACUAUUUGCAGGACACAGCUUCUUUUGGUGCUGAGAUCUUCGUUGUUAACCCGGCCGAGCAACAAGAGAAAGUCACAUUCAUAUCAAACCCUCCAAACAAUGUUUUCACUUGGAAGAUACUUCGUUUCUCUACCUUGGAAGAUAAAUUUUAUUACUCUGACGAUUUUCUCGUUGGAGACCGAUACUGGAGAUUAGGAUUUAACCCGAAAGGAGACGGAGGAGGAAGACCACAUGCACUCCCUCUCUACCUAUAUGCUCAAGGCCAUAAGGCAAACGCAGUUGUUACAAACACUUGGGGAGCGGUUAAUCUGCGGUUAAAGAAUCAACGAAGCUCCAACCAUAAACAAUUAUAUUCUGCAGCUUGGUAUCCGAUUCGAAGCGGUUAUGGUGUGGGAGUGAACAAUAUCAUAUUGAUGUCAGAUCUAAAAGAUGCAAGGAAAGGUUAUUUGGUGAAUGAUGCCAUUAUCUUUGAAGCUGAAAUGGUUAAAGUCUCUGUGACCAACAUCGUCUCCGCUUAAAUAUCUCUACUUCUUUGUCAACAAAACAACCUUACGAAUAAAGAGACGUUUGAUGAGUUUAAUUUGUAAUACGACGACGUUGCUGAUGCUUUUGAUGUAAUCGUUGUUUCUGUUCUUCGAGUUUUCUUUUUUCUCCUGUUUUGUUAUCAAUGAAAUAAAGGUAUAAAACUGUC